AUGGCGGGCCCCAAUUUCACCUUUAAGGAGGAGCGCGACCUACUGCUAUCUCUGAUCACAGUCAACAAUGUUGAUAUCAGGGCGCUGCGUUUGGAAAAGAUCAGCGAGUGUCUCCAAAGGCAUGGACAUCCUGCUCGCUCUGUAGCUGAGUACGAGACCUAUCUUGACCAGGAACUUGGCCCAAGCGAUGGACGACGGACUGUCAAAUCCAACAAAGGCACCAACGCCACAUCAACUCCUCAGAAAGCCGUUCCGACUGGUCAGAAAGCCGUUGCGACUGCUCAAAAAGCUGUUGCGGCUCCUCAGAAAGCCAGCUUAACUCGUCGUAGAGCCAUUACGACUCCUCAGAAGACUGUGAAGUUCGAGGUAGAUAAAGACAAGACGGCCUCCACGACGCAGCCUACCAACCCUUCCACCAGCCCUUCGUCCACCUUGCCAACCACCCCUCGAAACCAUCAGCGGCCGGCUUCCAAGAGCCUUUCCCUUCCACAGAGGAAGAACACUUUUCGUACACCUAUGAAGGAGGCAGGAGCGACUGCAACGCCGUCUGCCCUUACCACGGGACGCCAAAGAGGAUGGCAAAUGUCUCCCAACGAUGACACACCCACACGGCCUCCUGCCAAGAAGUACAAGGUUCUCCCUUUCCUGGUCAAAAAUAAGUCGGGUCAGUGGGUUAACCCACGAGAGAUUCUACCUGACAAGAUCUUACACGGCGGUGGUGUCUGUCCCGAGCCCUCGUUUGAGAACACGCCCACCCGUUCCACUCCGCAGACCCAGGCAUCUGUCUCAGCAGCCACGAGAUCACCGUCUCCGCCGUCAAGGGACGACUGGGUCUUCACCAGCUAUGACGAUUGCUACACCUAUCCGCAGUCACCGGAGUCGCCGCCGUUGCGUCGCAAGGUACCUGAGCCCGAGCUCAAAAAGGGCACUGAUUCGAACAACGGAGGUGACAAGCCGAAAUGA